AUGACUAAGUUCAGCCUUCUUAUUAAUAUUAUCACAAUUAUCCUUGGAAAUAACUCGUGGAGUUAUUCUAAUAACUCAGCUGUUUCUUUUGCUGAAUCAUGGGGAAAAAACAGCCAAGUCCAUAUAUCAGAUAUUAGAGCUAUUCGAUGUCUUGGUGAACACAAAAGCGCUGGAGAAAAGGAAGGCGUAAGAAAAUCUGGCAGAAAUGAUGAUGAUGAAGAUUAUGACAAAGAUCGAUAUGAUGCCUUGACCCAAGAUUACUUUGCCAUGAUGGAAGAUGACAUUAAUAAUAAUAAACAACCUAAACCAACAAUAGGUGAAAUUAUUAACAAUAUAGAUCCUAAAGCUCAAUUAAGUUAUCAUCUUGGUAGAAUAACAGACUAUGAUGCUUUUAGGUUAAGUUUCAAAUGCAGAAAUUUUAGAAAACGUCUAUCGAGAAAAAUUAAAAAUGCCCUAAGAACCAUUGAUAAAAUAGCAGAACGAGAAAUAUACAAUAUAUUAAAAUCGAAAGAUUAUGUUAUCCCUAAGGUAGGUGCAGAAGGUAUAAAUAUGACAACAAGGUUAAAGAAAUUUUUAUAUAAGUAUAAAGUACUUUCCCCAGUCUUGAUAUUUGCAUUAAUAUCAUACUUUUACAAAAAAUUCUUUGCCGUGCCACUAUUGGCUACCUUCUUUGGACUAGCAGCUGCACUCACUUUAAUUUAUCUUGCUUACAAAUACUUAAAGUGCUACAGAAGAGUUACAAGAUUCCGUGAAGAAUUUCCAGAACGAUCCCGAAGAGAAUUCCUACAACGAGUAAAAGGCGAAGUAGAUGACGAAGAAGAAGACAUUCCUUAUUCUAGAGAGAGCAUGGAUGACUCAACAGAGGAUAUAGAAAUGUCUUAA